AUGCGUGUCCUCAAUAUCCUAUCCUCCCUGGUCUCAGGCGUGGCGGCCGUUUCUCCUCUGGUCAAACUCGACUAUGCUUCAUACCAAGGGACCGCGCUGCCGAAUAACGUAUCGCAGUGGCUAGGAAUCAGGUACGCCUCGCCCCCUACAGGCGACUUGAGAUUCGCUGCUCCCGUGGACCCAAAAAACCAGACUGGAAUUCAGCAGGCGAACAAACAUGGACCUAUCUGUAUAGGCACGAACCAAGGGCCGCCGACUGCCUCGAUGAACGAGGAUUGUCUCUUCCUGGAUGUGUAUGCGCCGAGCAACGCUACGGCCGCUUCGAAAUUGCCGGUGUACUUUGUAAGUCUUGCUUCCUGCUCAGAAGGACUCAUAGUAACGGGAUACCAGUUCAUCCAAGGCGGCGGGUUCGCCACCAACGGAAACCCAAACUACAAUGGCUCCGGAUUGAUUAACGCAAGCGAAUAUGACAUGAUUGUCGUGACCCAUAAUUAUCGCGUCGGUCCUUGGGGUUUCUUAGCCAGUGGAGAAGUCCAGAGAGGCGGCAGCGCUAACAAUGGCCUUCGAGACCAGAGGAAAGCCAUGCAAUGGGUGAAGCAGUACAUCUCCCACUUCGGAGGAGAUCCUGAUCAUGUGACGAUGGGAGGCGACAGCGCUGGGGGACAAAGUGUCUGCAUGCAGUUGACGGCAUACGGAGGGCGAGACGACGGUCUCUUCCAGGGUGCCGCUGCCGAGUCGCAGUCGUUCCCUCCUCUCCGGACUGUCGCCGAGAGCCAAUACAACUACAACGGCCUCGUCAUCCGAGCUGGAUGUGCUUCGGCCUCGGACACUCUCGCUUGUCUCCGGGGGCUCAAUGCUACCGCUCUCCAAGCCGUGAACGUCAUCACACCCUUCCCGGGAGCACAAGGCAAUCCUCUGUAUCCAUACGGUCCGACUCUAGAUUACGACUUCGUCAGCGACUAUACUUUCCGUGCGUACGCCCAAGGCAAAUUCGUCAAAGUGCCCGCCAUCUACGGCGACGACACCAACGAAGGGACGAUUUUCGCUCCCAAGAACACGAGCACCAUCGCCCAGAGCAAUACCUUCUUACAGAACAAUUUCCCAGAUCUGACGCUCGCUCAGAUCAAGCGAUUCAACGAGCUCUAUCCCGUAGAGGGAACGCCAUCUUUCCCCGAUUCUGGGAGAUACUGGAGACAAGCAUCCAACGCGUAUGGCGAAUUGAGAUAUAUCUGCCCGGGCAUCUAUCUCAGCCAGGUCUCCGCGAACCAGAGCGUGCCGAACUGGAACUAUCGCUGGAACGUCAUCGAUCCCACAGCGAACGCCAGCGGUAAGUAAACGACACACACCCUCUCAUCAAUCCCUCCUGUCCCCACAACUGACUGACCCCCUCUCCCUCGCCUGCAGGUUACGGAGUCUCCCACACCGUCGAAACCAACGCCCUCUGGGGCCCCAACGUCACCCACGGCGCCGCUCCUACCUCUUACUACCCCGGCCAACUUAACCAUCCCAUCGUCUCCGUCGUCCAGGGCUACUGGACCAGUUUCAUCCGCACUUUCGACCCGAACACGUAUCGAAAAGCUGGGACUCCGACUUGGGAGGUUUUCGACACAAAGAAUUUCAAUCGGAGGUUGAUGUAUCAGACUAACCACACGCUGAUGGAGAGUAUUGAUCCGGGGCAGUUGCUGCGGUGCGAGUAUUUGUGGAGUCUUGCGCUGGAGUUGAAACAGUAG